GGCGGCGCGCCAGUCUCCCGCGGCACUCGCUCCGACCACACGUCGCGACACACCGCUCAACUAUCGACAAACCCGACACGUGCGUGGCGCAACCCUAUUCUGUUGUUCUAUAUAAAAAACUGUGUUGUGUUAACCCUUAACGCCUGGAAUACAUAGAAAACUCUAACCGGUACAACAGCAGUUCGGAUCGUGUGCAGUGUAACAUAGGUAGAUAGAUUAUGUGCAGUGACGUUGUACACUUCGACUCGAGGGACAGAAGGUGACAAUUGUGUUGUGCAUACAUGUCAGUGCGUUGUGAAUUAUGAUCGUUUGGCGAACGAAGAACACUAGUCGUCGGAAAUACGGAGUCUGGUCCAAAAUGGCAUCAGAUAUCGCGUCACAUAUAAGGAAAUCAACAGUUUUAUGGCUAAUUCUAGCCUUAACGAAUACGCGGGCGCGAGCUGGCGAGUUAUGGCCGAUGGAGCGGCCUGAAGGCAUGCCAGUAAUACAAUCGCUAGAGGUCAUGUGCGGGAAGGAUCACAUGGACGUCCAUCUCACGUUCUCUCACCCCUUCGAAGGCAUUGUCUCGUCAAAAGGUCAACACGGCGACCCCAGAUGUGUGUACGUGCCGCCGUCAACGGGACAGACGUACUUCUCAUUUCGGAUCGCGUACGCCAAAUGUGGCACUAAACCAGACCUCCACGGGCAGUUCUACGAGAACACAGUGGUAGUACAGUACGACAAGGACCUGCUCGAAGUAUGGGACGAAGCGAAGAGAUUGCGCUGCGAAUGGUUCAACGAUUACGAGAAGACCGCUUCCAAACCUCCCAUGGUUAUCGCUGAUUUGGAUGUUGUGCAGCUAGAUUUUAGAGGAGACAACGUGGACUGCUGGAUGGAGAUCCAAGCAGGAAAAGGUCCUUGGGCGGCUCCUGUAUCCGGCAUCGUCCCUUUAGGGUCCACCCUAACGCUGGUGGUCGCCAUCAACGACUAUCGAGGUGAAUUCGACAUGCGAGUGAAGUCGUGUGCUGCGUCAGAUGGCUCAGGCCAUGUGAUUCAACUGUCAGAUGAAUAUGGAUGCGUGCUGCGACCCAAGAUGAUAUCUCGGUUCCUCAAAGCCAAAGCAGUGGAUGAGCGAGCAACAGUCAUCACCUACGCUUUCUUCCAUGCCUUCAAAUUCCCUGAUGCUCUAAGCGUGCACAUCAGGUGUAAGGUCGAGAUUUGCAGACAUGGCUGCCUGGACCAUUGUCAGCUGGCUGGAGUAACUCCUCAAAGACAUGCAGCUUUGGACAGGAAAGAUGAUAGAACACACCAGGACCAUAAUGAGAUCAAUGACUCAUCAGCUGAAGAUGGUGGUCUGUCAGAUCUAUCAGAAGAAGCCCGUCUUCCUCUUGAAGAAGCCUUCGGUGAUGAAGUGUCUGGGGAUGUAGUUCUGGCUCCAGCACCACUGCCACAAAGAGCACCAGCGCCUGUUAUUGAGCCUGAAACCGAUCACAUGUCUGCUGUCGAAGAAUUGGUUGAAGCACUUGCUAGGCCUUUCACUGAUCGUCCCACGAACAUCGACCGCGAACGCUUCCCUCAUGGACCACGUAAUCUGGGCACUAACAUGAGACCCGAACCUUCUGGUGAUGGAGUGGUCCCCGCCAAGGCACCAGGUCCAGCUGUAGCUGGUCCCAGGUCUCUUCGUAAACGACGAACUGUUCGAGACGCUAGAUCUGCCGAUGUUGGCGUAUCGGGAAUAUACGAAGUUGUCUCUGAAGCUGAUUUAGCUUUUGGUCCAUCAAGAACUGAACCUGUCACCGUGUUUAGUGGACGGAUUCGUGAAGAGGUUGUCUACGGAAUUUGUAUGGGCGCUGUUAGUUUUGGCGCUCUCUUUGCUUCGGCCGCUGGAGCUGCGGCGGGCGCUGCGUUGGCUGCAGCAGUAUUGCUCCAGAAACUUCGCUCACGGAUGGCAGUUCAGCCCCCAAUCCCGGUAUCUCCGGCUCCGGCUUCGCACUCUCUCGCCGCGUGGAUGGCUCUCAGACUCCUCGGCUCACAACCUCACCCACAUCAUUCCCGUGAUGGUUGACCCAUCACCCCAACCACAAUCCUACCGAAGACUGUUCUUAGAUGCUAAAUAUUCGAAUUAUCUUUCUUCUUCCUUCAUUUUAUAGUAUGUUGUAGCAAUUUCCUUCUUCCCUAUGUGUAUAAUAUUGAAGAAAUAAUAUUUUCUUCCAGUUAGAGUUAGCUACCUGAUAAAAUUUAGUUUUGUACCCUUAAUUGGAAUUGAAAGGUCAGUUGCAUCCAUGUAUUAGAUGUUAGACUCGCAGAAAAUUAUUUAAAGUAUGCUUAUAAUUUAUGUUAGUUGUUAAGUGAUGUUUCUAGAUCGCCUUAAAUAAUGGUGCUAGGUCGUGCUACGGACGAAGUCCUAAGAAACCUGAUAUUUUGAAUGUUUCACUCGUGUGAAUAUUAUACAUUUUUAUACCGAUAAGUUUGUACAGAAUAUUUUCUAUAUUAUUAUUGACUAACUUAUUAUCAUUGUCGUGUUCUUUAGUGUCUAUAGGAUAAGUAUAAACGUCGAGUCAUGCCAUUAGUGUAAGGUUUAGUUAAUUCGUACGAUUUCGAGUUUCAUGUACUUAGCACAAUUUACGAAUAGUGUGAGAUGGAGCAAAAGUAACAUUGAUUUCGAUAAUUUUGGAAUCGAUGUUAUUUGCAACAUUAUCUUUAGGUACUGAAACCUCUGAGGCUUUAGGCAUACUACAUCAGUAGGUACCUGCUCAAUAUUUGCUAUUCAUUUAUUUAUUGCUUAAUUUUAUUUGACUAAUAAUUUUGACAUUUAUUUACUUCAUUUGUUUUAAAUUAACAAACAUAUUUUAUUUUCACAUAAUAUUGUCAUUUUUAAUUUAAUUCAAAAUAGUAAUUACGCCAGUAUGUAAUCUUGGCAAAUUAUUCGAAUAUUAUUUCAAAUUAAAUGAAUAUUAUCAUGCUAACGACAGUAAUAGUUAUGCUAACUAAUGUGCUUUACAUUUUAUAUUUAUCUAUCUAGUACUUUAAGAUAUUUUGUAGUUAGACCAACUUAGACAGUGAAAUACAGAAAUAUAAACUUAUUAAAUAGCUGUACCCAUAUUUUUAUACUACUUUAUCAAGUUGGUAAAAUUGUUCAUAUUAAGUACAUUUAGUACAUAUUUUUAUAUGAUUGUAUAGAAAGAAAAUAUUUCAAAUUUAGGACUUAUUAUUAAAAUACUGUAUCAUACAAUUAUUGUUCAGACACCAAUGAGUUCUAAGUAAUAGAUUAAUUCAUUUCAAAUGAAAAAAGAAAUUGCAUUUAUUUAAGCAUUUAUUUUUAUAUUGCUCAAUAUUAAAUGUAACAUUUUUAUAGCUAUGAAUAGGUAGGCUUAAUUUAGUUUUAUUUAGCUAGAUUCAUAAAUGGUUAUAGAGAUCGACAAAAUAAUUUUUAUUAAUGUUUUUGUAGCCAAAUUACUUUUCCUUUAUAGAAAUAAAGAUUUGAGCAUUUGGAUAAUAGCUUCAAAUAAAUAUAGAAAGUUUAAAUGUUUUAUAAUUUACAAAAAUAAAAAUUCUAUAAAAAGAUUUUCUUAAUAUAUUCCGAUAUUAUUAAAAAAUAAUAAAACUACCGUUUUACAUGACACUUUUAAAGUUCGUCGAUCUCCUAACCGAAAUAAAAUAAUAAUUACGACAUGCCACCCAAAAAUCUUGCAUUUAUUAUAGAAAAACUAUUAUUAUUUAAGUCGAAUAGGGUUUUCAUAUGAAAACUAUCUUCCUAAGUGCAAUUUUACUUUUUAUUAUUUAAUUAAAUGUAUUUAUAUUUUACUUUUUAUUCGAAAUAUUUUAUUGUAACAUAACAGAUGAGGUGAAGUGAAUAGUUUUUGUUUACUUCUGCCUAUCCCCUUUUGGGGGGUGUUAUGUUAUAUUUUCUACGGUUAUGGUGUAUGGUGUAUCUUGUGGCAGUAAUUCUUUUAUAAAUAAUAUUCUGGGGAGUACUUAUAAAUAAAUGUAUGAACAAAAUGUUUUAGGUUUCACUGUAUGGAUGCGGUGACGUUGUGUUUAUCGCGUAAGCACCUGUUAAUUUGUUUAAUGGAUUAAAAAUUAUGUUGAAACAUA